AUGUCAAAGUUUCUGACACCAAAAGAAGCGCAUGAGCCAGAUUUUAACGCCGAUCCUCUGAAAAGCAAAGAUAAGGAUUAUGAGAGCGAAGAAGUCCAUAGAUAUGAUAGUGAUGAUGACUUAUCUGCAUCAUAUAAUUCAACCCACUUUUCAACUACGGAAGAUAAAAUUAUGAAAGACCAUGAUCUAAAAUUGAAGACUUUUGAAGCUCUUAACUUUGAUUCUAAUAAUGGGGCAGCUUAUAGCCCUUCGUCAACAAUAAAAAGGAGAUCUUCUGUCAUAGAUUUUCCUCCUCUGAAUUUUCCAGGUAAGGUUCUUUACAAUUCGAGAUUCGAUGGUUCCUCUAAAGUUGGAAAAGGGGAGGAAAUUGCAUCCAAUGCUCACAUGCUACCUGAAGGAUAUGCGUCAGACGAAUUGAUAGAGCUCUUUCAAAACGUUAAAACCUGCCUUGAUUUGCGGCACAAAUACUUAAACAACUCGCUUCAGUCGAAUGAAUUGGACAAUCCUAAAAAUGAGGAUGGAUGGGUGAUAUAUCCACCGCCACCACGUCCAACUUAUAAAUCCAAAAACAGAUUUAAUCAAUUACCUAGGAGUGCCUCCGAGAAUGAGGAAGAGUUUGACUUUCAAAAGUGCUUAAUACCUGAAAAAACAAAUGAUUAUUAUUUUAAGAUAGAUGAUAAUGAUGUUUUUAACGCCUACAGAAGAGACAACGAUGAGCCGAUUUCCAAAGUCCCAAGUUUACGUGACUAUUAUGUAGACUUGAAUAAGAUCGCGAAGUUUUCAUCUGACGGUCCCUCAAAAUCAUUUGCGUUCAAACGAUUGCAAUAUUUGGAGACAAAAUGGAAUCUCUACUAUUUGCUUAAUGAAUUUGAAGAAAAUAAGCAGUCUAAGCGUAACCCCCAUAGAGACUUCUAUAAUGUCCGUAAGGUUGACACCCAUGUGCAUCACUCGGCUUGUAUGAAUCAAAAACAUUUGCUUAGAUUUAUUAAAUACAAAUUGAAGACAGAGCCUGACGAGCAAGUUAUUUUCAGAGAUGGUAAAAUUUUGACGUUGGCGGAAGUAUUCGAGUCCUUGCACCUUACGGCGUAUGAUCUUUCGAUUGACACUUUAGACAUGCAUGCACAUAAAGAUACCUUUCACAGAUUCGACAAAUUUAAUCUUAAGUACAAUCCAAUCGGUGAGUCAAGAUUAAGGGAAAUAUUUUUAAAGACAGACAAUUUUAUUAAUGGAAAGUAUUUGGCUGAAAUCACAAAACAAGUUUUUGAGGAUCUUGAAAGCUCAAAGUAUCAGAUGAGUGAAUUGAGAAUCUCGAUUUAUGGUCGCUCAAUUCAUGAGUGGGACAAACUUUCGGCUUGGGUAGUUGAUAAUAAACUUUUCAGCCAUAAUGUCCGUUGGUUAAUUCAGAUCCCCCGGCUCUAUGACCUAUACAAGAAAAAUGGAAAUGUUCAGACCUUUAACGAUAUCUUGAGAAACAUUUUUCAACCUCUUUUUGAAGUAAGCAUUGACCCAAAAUCUCAUCCGAAAUUGCAUGUGUUUUUGGAAAGAGUUGUGGGUUUCGAUUCUGUUGAUGACGAGUCCAAAAGUGAGCGAUUAUCGGAGUCAAGGAAAUAUCCUAGAGCAACGGAAUGGAAUUUCUCUAUCAACCCUCCAUAUUCGUAUUAUGUGUAUUAUCUUUAUUGUAAUAUGACUCCUUUAAAUCGAUUGAGAGCUCAGUUAGGGUAUAAUACAUUUGUCUUGAGACCACAUUGUGGAGAAGCAGGGGAUCCUGAACAUCUCAUUAGCACCUUUUUAACCUCACAUUCUAUAUCACAUGGAAUUAUGUUGAGAAAGCUUCCGUUCAUUCAAUACUUAUAUUAUUUGGAUCAAAUUGGUCUAGCCAUGUCACCUUUGUCAAACAAUGCAUUAUUUUUGACGUAUGAUAAAAACCCUUUUUACACUUUUUUCAAGACGGGGUUGAACGUUUCGCUUUCAACAGACGACCCCUUGCAAUUUUCUUACACUAAGGAGCCUUUGAUCGAAGAGUACUCUGUCGCUGCACAGAUAUAUAAACUUUCUGCCGUUGAUAUGUGUGAAUUAGCAUGUAAUUCGGUUAAACAAUCAGGCUGGGAAGUUUCAAUUAAAAAACAUUGGCUUGGGAAAGACUUUUUAAAAGGUGGAGUUGGGGGUAACAAUAUAGAAAAGACGAACGUUCCAGAUAUCAGAGCAAAUUAUAGAGAAGAAACUUUAAAAAGUGAAUUAGACUUGGUAGAUCAAUAUACCAAGUUAAAAAAAGACAAUACAUAG